AGACAGAACACGGAACUAGAUCCGGGGGAAAGUCGUAAACCUCCCCGAAACUCGUGUUUUUAACAAACGUGCUAAAGUCCACGAACAUUCAUGAGUCAAACAGCAUUGUUACAAAUCUUGCGUCAGCCUAAUAGCUUGCAAAACUGCGGCUUUGAGCAAAAGCUUGUUUUUCCGGUCGCUGAGCCAAAUGAGAGUCCUGCGUGGACUGCUCUUCCUUCAUUUGUUUGCUGAAGGCUUGCUGUAAAUUAGCUGGAAUCAUGACUGACAAGGAUGGUUUUGGGCCCAUCACACGGAACCGUAGACGCGCGACCAUCACGAGCGCAAAGAGCGAGACUGUGAAACUCAGAAACGGCGCGACCGCAGCAGCCAGUGAUCUCAAAAACGGACCCAAGGCGCGGGAGUCUCUCAGCAAAAACUUACAGAUAAACGAAGACAGCAAACAAAAAUGCGAUCGCUACGACAAAAUGAGUUGCCACAAGUUGCAGGAGUCAAUGCUGAGUUCUGCAAGCAGCUUCAAAAAUUACAGAGGCAUCCUGAACUGGUGUGUUGUAAUGCUGGUUUUGAGCAAUGCUCGCCUGUUCUUGGAAAACCUUCUCAGGUAUGGCAUUUUGGUGGACCCCAUUCAAGUGGUGUCAUUGUUCCUCAAGGACCCUUAUAGCUGGCCUGCUGCGUGCCUGGUCAUUGUUUCUAAUGUUUUUAUACUUGUGGCGUUGUACACCGAGAGGAAACUAGCCAUGGGGUCGUUCAGUGAAAAGGUCGGCCUGCUGAUCUACAUCUUUAAUUUAACUAUCAUCUUGUGUUUUCCGAUGGCUGUUGUUUUGAAGCUGCCAUCUAUUACACCAGUUGGAGGGGCAUUUUCCUUGGGGGUCUACACCAUCCUGUUUUUGAAACUCUACUCGUAUAAGGAUGUUAACAGGUGGUGCAGAGAGAGAACGCAAGCGAAGGCACGCAGCCUCUCCAGAUCUCUUUCAUGUCCGUCAUCUCCAUCUGCAUCCAGCACUAUGCAGUCGCAUGUGUCUUACCCAGGAAAUCUCUCUCUCAGGGAUAUGUAUUUUUUUGUUUGCGCUCCAACCCUGUGCUAUGAGCUUAAUUUCCCCCGCUCCGAAUCCAUCCGAAUGGGAUUUCUGCUCCGGAGGCUCUUUGAGAUGUUGCUCCUCACUCAGUUAUUGGUUGGUUUAACGCAGCAGUGGAUUGUGCCAGUCAUUCGAAGUUCAAUGAAGCCAUUGCAGGAAAUGGACUACAGUAGAAUGACAGAGCGUCUGCUUAGAAUAGCAGUGCCCAACCAUCUCAUCUGGUUGAUUUUCUUCUACUGGUUUUUCCAUUCCUCGAUGAACUUUGUGGCCGAGCUGUUGAGGUUUGGAGAUCGGGAAUUCUACCGUGACUGGUGGAACUCUGAGACAAUAACAUACUUCUGGCAGAACUGGAAUAUUCCUGUGCACAAGUGGUGUCUCCGGCACUUUUACAAGCCGUUGCUGAGAAGAGGUGCUGGCAAGUUACUGAGCCAGUCAGCUGUGUUUUUCGCCUCUGCUUUUUUUCACGAGUACCUGGUCAGUGUCCCUCUCAGGAUGUUCAGACUGUGGGCAUUUAUGGGCAUGAUGGCACAGCUUCCACUGGCAUGGUUUGUUGCCAGGUUUCUUCGUGGUAAUUAUGGAAACGCUGCUGUGUGGCUCUCACUCAUCAUUGGUCAACCUAUUGCAGUACUGAUGUAUGUUCAUGACUACUAUGUUACCCACUGUCAAGAUGACCCGGCAAUCGCUGAGGAUCUGUAAUCUCACUGUUGAUUGUGGACUCGACUAAGCAGCUAAACUUAUUGCAAUUAGUAUUGUAAGACUUCUAGAUAUUUCAGAGGUACAAGUGGGAAUACACUGAUACAACUGAACAGUCCCGGCAGUCAGGUUUCCAUAAAGUCUUCAAAUAAACUCAUAGCUCUAGGCUAAGUUUAAACUUUAAUGAACAAUUAACAACAGUCAGUCUAUGCAAAUCUUGCCUAGGACUGCCAGUAGAAAUGCACAAGAGCUUCUGAAUGUGACUCUACAGGUGUCAAGUGCUCAUUUUAACUUCACUAAAUGAAGUUUUUUUUCUAAGGGUGUGUUAAAUGCAUUACUAUUAGUAAUGUUCUGUCAUGUUUUGUGCAUUUUUAACAAAUGCAUUUAGUUUAAAUAUAGUGAAAACUCUAAACUGGGCAUGCUGGACUUUUUGUUUUUUUUUAAUUAAAUGCCAGUAAAUUUAUACAAUGUGCAAGGAGAGUAUGUACAAAUGUGUAAUUUUUUAAUGAAUAUAUUUUUAACCAAUAUGUGGACACACACUUUAUGUUUGUUUUUUUAAAGGGAUACGAGAGAAAAUGUUUGUUAAAUCCAAAGUAUGUUACGUCCAUAUUUAAUCCAUAUUUAAUGUGUUAGAAUAAUUUUGAAUUGCAUUUUUAUGUAGCCUAUCUAAACUGUUGUACACUAGCGUUGAGAUGCCAUUUGAGCUCGUUAUCGGCAUUAAAGGACCUCUUCAUCAAGAGUGCGCCACCUUGUGGCAAAUAUUGAGAAUAAACAAUCCUGCAAACGCUGUAA